CCGAGCUCACAUACAUAUAAAAUAUACAUUAUCAGCAGGUCAGUGACCUCAUAUUACCCCCGCUACGUCCUUUAGAUCCCGAGUGAGCAUAGACCUCUGCAAGAACAGGGGGGGCCCACAGCGUUUUGUUGCCCUGUGCUCUGCAGGUGGCGGACAGAGUAGGAUUUGUAGACUAAUUACGGACAUCACCAUCCAUACCUGUGGGUCGAUACGCAUGUUAAAAGCACUUGAAAACCUGGAAAUCAAUAGAUUUAGUCCUGCAGGCUAAAACGUGACGGGACACGCCCGACAAGGAACGGGAGGCUGUAUAGCAGCACCUUGGCGGCCCAUUUGCUACUAACACAUUGGACUACGCUCAGUGAGUUAUGAGCCUUGGGUUGAACCAUAAAAUGCCCGAAGCCCCUUCUUUGUCCGGUCCAUUUACGUGCCUUCCGCACGGGGAAUCGAGUACCUCCCUGACACAGAUACAGAAUGCCAGCGUUGCGGGCUUGUACUCUAAUAACGUCUAUUCGGCCCUAGGCACAGCCCUGAGCGCCAUGUUACCCCUACUGGAGUGAAUGUUGGAAAAGGAAUGAGUGCACGUAGUCUUUCCCGAUUGUCACCUCAAUUUCUCGACACUAUUGGUUCAUGAGCCUCCCUGUCUUCACCUAGUGAAAGGUUAAUGCGCUCUGCAUCUGGGUGGCCCUUCUUAUUUGUCUCUUGUCAGACUAAACCGAAUCAAAGGACUCCAUUACUAGUACUGGAAGGAGUAAAUCCAUGCGAAGGAAGCCUAGUGCAGCAGGGAGACGCCCAGCAAUCAAUUAGUUUCCUGCUCUGCUUCCUAGUUAAGUGCGCCGUGAAAAGUGGGUAUCUGUGGAAGACUGUGUUUCUUGCAGAGCUUGCUCAAGUAGGGCGUACUAUGUACAUACUCAGUACUGGAUGCAAAGGAUUAUAGAAAUGGUAGUAUUAGCCCGAGAUAUCUGCUUGAACAAGUUAAUACCAGAGAGAAG